ACCGGAACCACUGGUGGCAGCACAGGAAGCAGCCCACAGACCCUCCCCAUUACUGGCCUCAUCGCGAGCAGCAGUGGCAGGUGGACGGACGUGGGGCAGCAUCAGCGUUCUCCUCAUGCCUCAAGCCACUGGCGGCAGCAGACAACGCCUGGUGGUGCCGGCACGUGCUCCACCUGCCCUCUGCACACAACCACAUAACCAGCUAAGUGCCCUUGGGUCUGUAGCUUGUGGCCGUGCCUCCACCAGUGGCUCCUCCCUCUUCUCUUGUGCUGUGUGCUCAUCCACACCCAUUCACCUUGCUCCCACCACCGUGCUCUCACUAGCUCUGUGUGUGCGCAUUGCAGGUGGAGGGGAGGGGUGUGGGGUCAACACCGACGCUUCCCGACGCUCCUCCCCAGUGGCCGUGCAGGGACUCGUGGGGGCGGGAGGGAGGCAGCACUGCAGCAGCUUCAACACGAGGGAGAGCAUCGGGAUGGGCUUGGCCUAUCAAGUGGCCCCUCCCCUCGCUUGUGCUGCCUUCAAACUCUCAGUAGAGGGGGGGGGCGUAGGGGUCAACACCGACGCUUCCCCGUGCCCCUCCCCUGUGGCCGUGCAGGAGGGAGGGAGGGAGGCAGCGCUGGGAGGGGACGGGAGGGAGGCAGCACUGCAGCAUGGCAAUCCCGCUGCCACAAGGGAGAGUAUGGGCUUGGGCUUGGCAUUUCAAGGUGAGCCUUCUUCCUGCUCUUUUCUUCCACUCUCUCGUUUUGCUGUGGGUCCUUGGUUGCCUUUACCUGCUGUGGUCGCACUUGCUCCCUUCAAGUCCUGCACUCACUCGCCUCCUUCUCUCCUUUCUGCCCCCUUCCAGGUCACACUGAUGGCAUCACUUGGAGGGGGGAGUGGACAAGCAGCAGGGGAGAGGAGGGAGCGGAACAGCAUCUCUGGGAAGGCUGGGAGUUUGGCUGCCGUGGAGGGAGGCAUCUGGUGGUGCUUCAGCUUCCUUGACCUCGCUCUAAGUGGAGGGGAGGGGCGCUGGGGUCAACACCAACACUUCCCCACGCCUCUCCCCGGUGGCCGUGCAGGGACUCGUGGGGACGGGAGGGAGGCAUCGCUGCAGCAGAUGGCAAUCGCUGCCACAAGGGAGAGUAUCGGGGUGGGCUCGGCCUCUCAAGGUGGAGGGGAGGGGCGCUGGGGUCAACACCGACACUUCCCCACGCCUCUCCCCUGUGGCCGUGCAGGGACUCGUGGGGACGGGAGGGAGGCAGCACUGCAGCAGAUGGCAAUCGCUGCCACAAGGGAGAGUAUCGGGGUGGGCUCGGCCUCUCAAGAUCAUGCUUUUCCACUGCCAUACCUCCCCUGCAAGUCACAUCCACUGAAGCUGCUGUUUCCGAAAGGGAGUGGGCUGUCUGCUGCUCCUACUGCUGGGGGAUGGGAUGGUAAGUUGUGGUGGGUGUUUGGUGUGAAGUGGGGUGGGUGGGGCAGUGAAGGUGCGGAGGGAGAGCUCGUCUUUAGCUGGGCCAUGCGGCUGAAGGUGGCAGUGCAAGUAGCAGAGGCGCUGAUGUACAUGCAUGCACUCAACAUAAUCCACCGCGAUUUGAAAGCUGCCAACGUGCUGCUGUCGCCGGUAAGGGCAUGGAGGGGAGUGGGCGGUAGCGAGUAG